GCGCGCCGGGCGGGGCGGGGGCGGGCCGGGCCGGGGGCGCGCAGCCCGUCACGCGGCGCCGCCGUCAGAGGCCGAGCGCAGCCGGGGAGCCGCGCAGCUCUGCGCUGGGACCCGCUCCCGAGCCAGUGCCCAUGCGGGGCCGCAGCCACUGACGCCAGAGAGGUAUCUCCUGCCCCUGCUGGGAGUGACCGACCGAGGCCGCAGAGAUGGCCGGGGCCUCCGUGAAGGUGGCGGUGCGCGUGCGCCCCUUCAACUCCCGGGAGAUGAGCCGCGACUCCAAGUGCAUCAUCCAGAUGGCUGGCAGCACCACCACCAUCAUUAACCCCAAACAGCCCAAGGAGACGCCCAAGAGCUUCAGCUUUGACUACUCCUACUGGUCACACACCUCGCCCGAGGACAUCAACUAUGCCUCGCAGAAGCAGGUGUACCGGGACAUAGGCGAGGAGAUGCUGCAGCACGCCUUCGAAGGCUACAACGUGUGCAUCUUCGCCUACGGGCAGACGGGCGCCGGCAAGUCCUACACCAUGAUGGGCAAGCAGGAGAAGGAGCAGCAGGGCAUCAUCCCACAGCUCUGUGAGGAUCUCUUCUCUCGGAUCAAUGACACGACCAACGACAACAUGUCCUACUCCGUGGAGGUCAGCUACAUGGAGAUCUACUGUGAGCGCGUCCGUGACCUCCUGAACCCCAAGAACAAGGGCAACCUGCGGGUGAGGGAGCACCCGCUGCUGGGGCCCUACGUGGAGGACCUCUCCAAGCUGGCUGUCACCUCCUACAACGACAUCCAGGACCUCAUGGACUCAGGGAACAAGGCCAGGACGGUGGCCGCCACGAACAUGAACGAGACCAGCAGCCGCUCCCACGCCGUCUUCAACAUCAUCUUCACCCAGAAGCGCCACGACGCGGAGACCAACAUCACCACCGAGAAAGUGAGCAAAAUCAGCCUGGUGGACCUGGCCGGGAGUGAGCGGGCAGACUCCACGGGAGCCAAGGGCACGCGUCUCAAGGAGGGAGCCAACAUCAACAAGUCCUUGACCACUCUGGGGAAGGUCAUCUCUGCCCUGGCGGAAAUGGACUCCGGGCCCAACAAGAACAAGAAGAAGAAGAAGACAGAUUUCAUUCCAUACCGGGACUCCGUGCUGACCUGGCUCCUCCGGGAGAACCUGGGUGGGAACUCCAGGACAGCUAUGGUGGCAGCCCUGAGCCCUGCGGACAUCAACUACGAUGAGACCCUCAGCACCCUGAGGUACGCCGACCGCGCCAAGCAGAUCCGCUGUAACGCGGUCAUCAACGAGGACCCCAACAACAAGCUGAUCCGGGAGCUAAAGGACGAGGUGACCCGGCUGCGCGACCUGCUGUACGCCCAGGGGCUCGGCGACAUCACCGACACCAACACUGUGCCCGGAGGACCCAAAUACGCGUCCGACCUUGAGAACAAUAACCGCGGCCGCGGCGGGGCGCAGCCGAGUGAGGCCCCUGACAAUCUCUCCACAGUGACCGACGCCCUGGCGGGCAUGAGCCCCUCGUGCUCGCUCUCGGCCCUGUCCAGCCGCGCGGCCUCCGUGUCCAGCCUGCACGAGCGCAUCUUGUUUGCCCCGGGCAGCGAGGAGGCCAUCGAGAGGCUGAAGGAAACAGAGAAGAUCAUCGCCGAGCUCAACGAGACCUGGGAGGAGAAGCUGCGGCGCACGGAAGCCAUCCGCAUGGAGAGGGAAGCUUUGCUGGCUGAGAUGGGCGUGGCCAUGAGGGAGGAUGGCGGCACCCUGGGCGUGUUCUCUCCCAAGAAGACACCACAUCUGGUCAACCUGAACGAGGACCCUCUGAUGUCUGAGUGCCUCCUCUACUACAUCAAAGACGGCAUCACCAGAGUGGGCAGGGAGGACGGCGAGAGGCGGCAGGACAUCGUCCUCAGCGGGCACUUCAUCAAGGAGGAGCACUGCGUGUUCCGGAGUGACUCCAGGGGCGGCAGUGAAGCCGUGGUGACCCUGGAGCCCUGCGAGGGGGCAGACACCUACGUCAAUGGCAAGAAAGUGACAGAGCCCAGCAUCCUGCGGUCAGGAAACCGCAUCAUCAUGGGUAAGAGCCACGUGUUCCGCUUCAACCACCCGGAGCAGGCGCGGCAGGAGCGGGAGCGCACGCCCUGCGCAGAGACGCCCGCCGAGCCCGUGGACUGGGCCUUCGCGCAGCGCGAGCUGCUAGAGAAGCAGGGCAUCGACAUGAAGCAGGAGAUGGAGCAGAGGCUGCAGGAGCUGGAAGACCAGUACCGCCGGGAGCGGGAGGAGGCCACCUACCUGCUGGAGCAGCAGCGGCUGGACUACGAGAGCAAGCUGGAGGCCCUGCAGAAGCAGAUGGAUUCCAGGUACUGCCCAGAGGUGAACGAGGAGGAGGAGGAGCCGGAGGACGAAGUUCAGUGGACGGAACGGGAGUGUGAGCUGGCGCUGUGGGCCUUCCGGAAGUGGAAGUGGUACCAGUUCACAUCCCUGCGGGACCUGCUAUGGGGCAACGCCAUCUUCCUCAAGGAAGCCAACGCCAUCAGUGUGGAGCUGAAGAAGAAGGUCCAGUUCCAGUUUGUCCUCCUCACUGACACGCUGUACUCCCCGCUGCCUCCGGACCUGCUGCCCCCGGAGGCGGCCAAGGACCGGGAGACACGGCCCUUCCCCCGCACCAUUGUGGCCGUGGAGGUCCAGGACCAGAAGAACGGGGCCACCCACUACUGGACGCUGGAGAAGCUCAGGCAGCGCCUGGACCUGAUGCGGGAGAUGUACGACCGAGCGGCCGAGGUGCCCUCCAGCGUGGUGGAAGACUGUGACAACGUGGUGACUGGCGGAGACCCCUUCUACGACCGCUUCCCCUGGUUCCGGCUGGUGGGCAGUUCAGCCAUCUCUGGCUGCAACAGCUACCCUCUUCUCAACACAUGCAUGAGCGAGCGCAUGGCUGCUCUCACCCCCUCCCCAACCUUCUCGAGCCCCGACUCCGACGCCACCGAGCUUGCCGAGGAGCAGAGCGUGGGGGAGGAGGAGGAGGAGGAGGAGGAGGAGGAGGAGCAGGAGGAGCACCUGGAGGACGACGUCUUUCCGGAGCACACGCUGUGCGACGGCCGGGACCCGUUUUACGACCGGCCCCCCCUGUUCAGUUUAGUAGGAAGGGCCUUCGUCUACCUGAGCAACCUGCUGUACCCCGUGCCCCUGGUGCACCGCGUGGCCAUCGUCAGCGAGAAGGGCGAGGUCAAGGGUUUCCUCCGUGUGGCUGUGCAGGCGAUCUCAGCUGAUGAGGAGGCCCCCGAUUACGGCUCCGGCGUCCGCCAGUCGGGCACCGCAAAGAUCUCCUUCGACGACCAGCAUUUCGAAAAGCUCCAGUCCGAGUCCUGCCCCGCCGUGGUGGGAAUGUCGCGCUCGGGGACCUCCCAGGAGGAGCUGCGCAUCGUGGAGGGCCAGGGCCAGGGCGCGGACACAGGGCCCUCAGCCGAUGAGGUCAACAACAACACCUGCUCGGCGGUGCCCGCGGAAGGCCUGCUCGACAGCCCCGAGAAAGCCACGCUGGACGGGGCCCUGGACGCGGCCGGGGACCACCUGCGCCUGAACAGUACCUUCACCUUCCGCGUCACGGUGCUGCAGGCCUCCAGCAUCUCCGCCGAGUACGCCGACAUCUUCUGCCAGUUCAACUUCAUCCACCGCCACGACGAGGCCUUCUCCACGGAGCCCCUGAAGAACACGGGCAGGGGCCCCCCUCUCGGCUUCUACCACGUCCAGAACAUCGCGGUGGAGGUCACCAGGUCCUUUGUGGAGUACAUCAGGAGCCAGCCCAUCGUGUUCGAGGUCUUCGGCCACUACCAGCAGCACCCCUUCCCGCCCCUGUGCAAGGACGUGCUGAGCCCCCUGAGGCCCUCACGCCGCCACUUCCCCCGCGUGAUGCCGCUGUCCAAGCCAGUGCCCGCCACCAAGCUCAGCACACUGACGCGGCCCUGCCCCGGGCCCUGCCACUGCAAGUACGACCUGCUGGUCUACUUCGAGAUCUGCGAGCUGGAAGCCAACGGGGAUUACAUCCCCGCCGUGGUGGACCACCGGGGAGGCAUGCCGUGCAUGGGGACCUUCCUGCUGCACCAGGGCAUCCAGAGACGGAUAACGGUGACGCUUCUGCACGAGACGGGCAGCCACAUCCGCUGGAAGGAAGUGCGGGAGCUGGUCGUGGGUCGCAUCCGGAACACUCCAGAAACUGACGAGUCUCUGAUCGACCCCAACAUCCUGUCUCUCAACAUCCUCUCCUCUGGGUACAUCCAGCCGGCUCAGGAUGACCGGCAGUUUCUUGAUUGGGACCUCCCUAGCUUGUCGUUCGGAAGUGACACUAGGACCUUCUACCAGUUCGAGGCCGCGUGGGACAGCUCCAUGCACAACUCCCUGCUGCUGAACCGCGUCACCCCCUACCGCGAGAAGAUCUACAUGACGCUGUCCGCCUACAUCGAGAUGGAGAACUGCACGCAGCCGGCGGUGAUCACCAAGGACUUCUGCAUGGUGUUCUACUCCCGCGACGCCAAGCUGCCCGCCUCGCGCUCCAUCCGCAGCCUGUUCGGCAGCGGGAGCCUGCGGGCCUCCGAGAGCAACCGUGUGACGGGCGUGUAUGAGCUCAGCCUGUGCCGCGUGGCCGACGCGGGCAGCCCAGGGAUGCAGCGGCGGCGCCGGCGGGUGCUGGACACGUCUGUGGCCUACGUCCGUGGUGAGGAGAACCUGGCCGGCUGGAGGCCCCGGAGUGACAGCCUCAUCUUGGACCAUCAGUGGGAGCUGGAGAAGCUGAGCCUCCUGCAGGAGGUGGAGAAGACCAGACACUACCUGUUGCUGCGGGAGAAGCUGGAGACCGCCCAGCGGCCCGGCCCCGACGUGCUGUCCCCGGGCUCCAGCGAGGACUCGGGGUCCUGCGGCUCCUCGGGCGCCUCCUCCCCGCUCUCGCCCCUGGAGGCCCCCAGCGAGAGGCAGCGGGAGCUGGCAGUUAAGUGCUUGCGCCUCCUCACGCACACGUUCAACAGAGAGUACACCCACAGCCACGUUUGCAUCAGCGCCAGCGAGAGCAAGCUCUCGGAGAUGUCCGUCACCCUGCUGCGAGACCCAUCCAUGUCCCCCCUGGGGGCCGCCACGCUCACCCCCUCCUCCACCUGCCCCUCCCUGGUUGAAGGGCGGUACGGUGCUGCCGACCUGAGGACCCCACAGCCCUGCUCCCGGCCAGCCAGCCCAGAGCCCGAGCCCGGACCAGAGGCCGACGCCAGGAAGCUCCCCUCGCCCGCCCGGGCCCCGGAGGCCGACAAGGAGCCGCAGCGCCUGCUGGUCCCUGACAUCCAGGAGAUCCGAGUCAGCCCGAUCGUCUCCAAGAAGGGGUACCUGCACUUCCUGGAGCCGCACACGGCCGGCUGGGCCAAGCGGUUCGUGGUGGUCCGGCGCCCCUACGCCUACAUGUACAACAGCGACAAGGACGCCGUGGAGAGGUUCCUGCUGAACCUGGCCACCGCCCAGGUGGAGUACAGCGAGGACCAGCAGGCCAUGCUCAAGACGCCCAACACAUUCGCCGUGUGCACCGAGCACCGUGGCAUCCUGCUGCAGGCCAACAGCGACAAGGACAUGCACGACUGGCUGUAUGCCUUCAACCCCCUGCUGGCCGGGACCAUCCGGUCCAAGCUGUCCCGGAGGAGGUCUGCACAGAUGAGGGUCUGAGUGGCGGCUGUCCCACGGCCAUCAAGGCCGCUCCCCGCCCUCUCCCUGUCUGUCCUGUGGUCGCCGCCCGCCCCCUCCCCACCAGCAGGGCAGGGUAGGGCGGGGUCGCUGCGCUCUGGUAUUUUUUUAAGCAUAGACAGACAUAAUUAAUCCACCUUAGUGACACCGAGUCCGCCCAGAAAUCGAGUUCUAUUUAUAAGUAUUUAUUUCGGAGGCCCCAUGUAGCCGUGUAAGAGCCUUGUGUCCCCAUGCACCCCUCACCCCUCGGGGACGCACAGAGGCGGGCGGGGGCGGGCACUGGGCGGGACCAGGCCCCUGGUCGUCGGCACCCCCUGGGGCGUGUGGGGCUCCCAGCCACGCAGAAGAGGCAGAGCCCACCUGUCACCCGGCGCCCCAUCACCUGGGCAACACCUGUGAUGUCCCUCUGGGGCAAGGCCAGCAGGUCUCCCUGGGACGGGCUGGGAGGCAGGUGGCACGGGGCCCCAGGGGAUGUGCUGGCUGGGGGCUGGAGGGAGAGGUUCAGGGUCCCCGGGUGGCCCGGUGGCCCUGCAGGAGUCCUGUGUUAGGGUUUAGAGCUGGGACAGGUCUGGAAUCCAGGGUCCCUCCAGGGGUGCGGGGGCCUGGCCUCCCCAGAUGCAAGGAGCAGCCUUGGCUGGCAGCCAGCAAGGGGGCCCUCCUCCUCCAGGGAGCCCCCUGCCUCUGCCCCAGGGCUAUUUCCACACACCCAGGCCCCCGGGACCCCAGCUGAGGAGAAAGAGCAGAACCAAGCCACAGAACACCCUCCGUGCCACCGCCACCGAAGCCAGCCACCCUCAGGGCCUCGAGGGUCCACGCCAGGGCUGGGUGCUCCUGCCACCUAGCGUGGAAGAGCCAGAGGUUCUGAGACAGCCCCUCCCAUCCAGGCUGUCCCCACGUGGCACUGAUGUGGCCCGAGGUGUCCACAGCACUGAGGCUGUGUGGGUGCACCCACCUGCACCCGUCAGCCAGAUGAGGCCAGGGUCCAGGUGGCUUCGAAGGGGGCUGAGCUUGUGUUGGGGGAGGGGAGAGGAGGUGGCGGCUGGGGCAGAGCGCCCCUGCCUCCUGGACUGAGUCCACUGGGUGGGGGGCGGGGUGUCUGGGUGCCCCAGGGAGUGGAGAUGACUGAGCAGUGUGGAUGAGCAUAGGACGGCUGCCCAGCGGCGGGGAGGAGACGCGGGUGGAGCGAGCCGCUCCCAGCACAGCGGCUCCCAGGCAUCAGAGACAGGGUGCAGGCCACCGUGGCCACUCAGGUCUGCCAGCCUGAGUCAGGCCCGGGGCCCAGCACGUGGGCGUCUGAGGCCAGCCAGCCUGCAGGCCACCCGCCGAGGGAGGGAGCCUGGGAGACUCCUCCACCACCCGUGCCCGCGGCCCUGGAGCACCUGGGAGGGGGAGCCAGAGUGCGAGUCCCCCAGCCCGGAGCUAACGGAACACCUGCCGUCCCCGCGCCCGCCCGGCCCACCGACCUCCAUGCUGAGAGAGCUGAGGACUGGGCCGGGGCCGGCCUGGGGCCCCCUGAGGAGAGCGGGGCUGGCUGGGGCUGGGGUCCUCCUCGCACGACCAGGUGCAGCCUUGUUCGGGGUGGGCAGCCAUCCCCCCUGGCGAGGCGAGAGGGUAGCACUGGGCUCCACGGGCCGAGUGGGCAACUCCAGGCCUCGCCCUAGAGUCGCCCAAAGCCGGCCAACCACACGCACACACCCAGGGGUCCUGUCGUCCUGGCCCCUGGCCCCCACAGCAGCCCCCAGGGACCCCCAGUGCAGCUGAUGUCACAGGUGCCCGCCCUCCUGCUGGGCCUGUGUGUCCCCGAGCCCGUCCCGCCCGUCCCCCCUUGUACAUACGUGGUUGCCGUGUGCACACCCAGACCGCACCCCAUGCCGCGCCCCGAGUGUUAGCUAUAGACCCCCGUUCUGUUCUGUGCACCUAAGACUCUGUCCAAUGACGAAAUAAACAUGGCUCUCGUGCAGCACA